AUGAUCUCCCUACCUGCUUUAACCGGUGACAUUACCAUAGCUGCAGCCAAGGAUGCUAAGCUAUCCGAGCCUGUGAGACGGCCAAUUGAACCUGUCGGGAAGCACUUCCUGCACCACGCGCAGAGAAUUUUGAGAAACCAUACUUGGUCCGAAUUUGAGAAGCUCCAAGCCGAGCAAAACGUUAAGCAAGUCGAGGACUCAAACGUCGACCCUGAUGAGCUACUUUUCGACGAGGAGCUUGUGGAUGAAGACCUCUUGACGCUAGAGGCCAGAGACUGGAAGUCCGCGGAUCUGUAUGCCGCCAUGGGUCUGUCCAAGCUGCGCUACAAGGCUACACAAGCGCAGAUCAUCAAAGCGCACAGAAAGCAGGUCCUAAAACACCACCCCGACAAGAAGUCCGCCGCCGGUGCCUCUUUGGAGGAGGAUAACUUCUUCAAGAUCAUCCAGAAGGCCUUCGAGACCCUGACGGACCCUGUCAAGCGCGCGCAGUUUGACUCGUGCGACUUCAACGCUGACGUCCAGCCACCAAAGAAGGGCUCUCACGUGGACUUCUUCGAGGGCUGGGGCCCUGUGUUUGAGGCCGAGGCGCGCUUCUCGAAGAAGCAGCCGGUGCCUAGCCUGGGCACUAUCGAGUCCUCCAAGGAGGAGGUCGAGAAGUUCUACAGUUUCUGGAACAGAUUCGACUCCUGGAGAUCGUUCGAGUUUCUUGACGAGGAGGUCCCAGACGACUCGUCGAACAGAGACCACAAGCGUUACAUCGAGCGCAAGAACAUUGCUGCCAGAAACAAGAAGAAGACGGCUGAUAACGCCCGUCUUGCCAAACUGGUCGAGCGCGCCAUGUCCGAGGACCCACGUAUCAAGACCUUCAAGGAGGCCGAGAAGCGCGAGAAGGAGCGCCGCAAGUGGGAGCGCGAGGCCGGCGCCCGCGCAGAGGCCGAGGCCAAGGCCAAGGCAGAGGCCGAGGCCAAGGCUGCCGCCGAGGCUGCCGCUGCAAACGCCGCUGCCGCCAAGGCCGACAAGAAAAAGGCCAAGGAGGCCGCCAAAGCCGCCAAGAAAAAGAACAAGCGUGCGAUCCGGAACGCGCCCAAGGACGCUGAGUACUUUGGCGACGCCGCUAGCGCCGCCGCCAUCGAUGAGCAGGUCGGCCACAUUGUUGAUGCCCUUGAGGAUGAGCAACUCGGCGAACUUGUUGAGAGCAUUAAGGCCGACGCUAAGGCCGCCCUGCAGGGCGCCGCCAAGGGCCUUGCCGACGCCGGCAAGCUGCCCGCGUCCCUGCUAUCCUACUUUUUGUAG